GAUUUAAGUGCUUGUAAAAUCUAAGCUUGGAAGAGUUAAAGAAGUAAAUUUUGGCAUUGAUAUUAUUCCAUGUUUAAUGUGACGGUUUUUGUAAAAUGUAUCUAAAUCUACAAAUGAUUUGUGUUAAGUGUUUAUUACUGUGGUUGUUUUUUAAAUCGAGUCUUACGAUAUAUGUACCGGGUGAACAAAAUACCACUCCUAAACCGUAUACCGCUGGAAUAAAAAUUAAAACUUCGCCAUAUACAAGUAUCUCUGGACCUUUAUAUCAUACAAACUACAGCAAAGUAUAUGUUCACAACAAGAAUUACACAUCAAGUCUUUUGGAUAAUUUAGGUGGUGGCCCAACUUACCAAUCCGAACUUCAUCCUGUAUACAUAUCGGAGGAAAAAAGGAAUAAAAUAAAAAAUGUCCUAGAGGAAUAUAAUACCAAUAUUGUAGAUAAGGACACUCUAAACGAUAAAGUUGUUUUUAAACGAAAAAUUGAGAAAACCAAAAAUAUUGCAGUAUUCAACAAGUGUCCAAAAGGUCUCACUGGUCAAUUUGUCUACGACCUUUCUUGCAAUCAAUAUUUGGACUGUUGGAAUGGCAGGGGUGGUCCAAGAAACUGCGCCCCAGGGACUUUAUUUAAUCCAAAAACGUUGGAAUGUGAUUUCCCUAAUAAAGUCGAAUGCAUUACAGGUCCCACUGGAAGUACCCUAAUUUUACAAAGAUCAGCUAAAAUCCAAAAUUUCGAACAAGCAAAAUGUCCAGAAGACUUUGUUGGCCUUAUGCCGAAUUACACGGACUGCGCUAGAUUUUUGGACUGCAAUAAUGGACAUCAGACGUCCAAAGAGUGUCCACCAGGAACUUUAUUCGAUUGUAACUUAAAUAUGUGCAACUUUGCUGAGAAAGUCACUUGCUUUUCUGGCAGAGAGGCGAGUUAUUAUGAUAGUCAUAUACAGAAAGAAGAGUAUGGGGGUAGUACUGAUGUUCGUGGUAUAAGAAAUGGGGCUUUUGGUAGCCAGUAUGGGGGACAAAAAGGAAGCCAGAACUUUUAUACUAGUGGACAAACAGGAUCAUUAAUUCAAGAGGCCUCCUCUUGUGACCCUGCUAAUCCCUAUUGCAGCUCUGGAGGUUACGUCGUCUCAGGACAUGAUCUGUAUAACUUAAAUUCAUACCAAAAUAAUUGGCAACCAUGCGACCCAGCAAAUCCAAACUGUCCCGGACAAACAAGACGAGUAUAUAUACAAUAUGUCCUUUGUAAUCCAGCACAAGAAGAUUGUGCGACUUUUCAACAAGGUACUUAUAUGUUAGGUCCCAAAGGGGCUUUAUGUGAUCCAGUUACUCAACAGUGUGGACAAGGAUAUUACCAUAUUCCUAGCAGUAAGAUGACAGCUUUUAGUGGACAAUCUAAUCCUGAAAUUGGCACCUAUUUCAUAAAAUAUAUUAUGUGUCAAGAGGACUGCUCCAGAUAUCCCCAACAUGUUGUAGAGGCUUCCUAUGGAGUACCUGGCACGCUUAUUGGUGCUCAUCCUGUGCAAGAAUCUGAGCCAAAUCCAUUAGGUCCAAUAGUGUCUGGAGGACAUGGCAAAUCUGGCCAGCCUUGCAACCCUCAGUUUCAACAAUGUAGCCCUGGGAGUCCUACUGUCCCCUCUUCUAGCAGCUCCAUAUUUGUGCCUGUGAAUCAAACUCCUUGUAACCCUCAGUAUCAGCAAUGUAAUCCUGAAACUAAUCUUGAAACACAAAAUAAACAAUCUUCUUUCGGGGGCACUACAACUGGGUUCCAAACUGGAUCAUAUUCUAGUAAAGGUCAAGGAACCCCUUGCAACCCUCAAUAUCAGCAAUGUAGUCCUGGAUAUUAUAGUCCUGCAAGUGCCACAACACACUUUCAUUCUACACAGAGUUUCUCCAAUAACUGUAAUCCACAAUUCCAGGACUGUACUCAAACCAAAAAUAAACCCGAAGCUCCCUCCUAUGAUUUUUCCACUCCAAAAGUACCAAGGGAUCGAAAACAAGGAUAUGAAUAUGAUUCUGGAUCUUCCGUCAACCAUAACAAAAUAUGUUCUGCAGGAGAUGAGGAAUGCUAUCAAAACAUUCACGGAACCUCAGAAAACUCUUUCGAUGUAAAAUGCCCAGAGGGAUUUCAAGGCAUUACCACACAUCCUACAGACUGUGCGAAAUUUUUAAAUUGUGCCAAUGGAAUAACGUCUGUUGAAGGAUGUGGCCCUGGUACUUUGUUUAACCCCGUUUUGAAAGUAUGCGAUCAUGCUUCUAAUGUUGAUUGUAAUAAGAUGAUAAAUCUUAGUAGAUCUGAGUAUUUAAUAACAUGCCCAGAUGGACUUACUGGGGUCACAAAACAUCCGACAGAUUGUUCAAAAUUUUUAAAUUGCGCAAAUGGACAAACUUUUAUACAGGACUGUGGACCUGGGACCUUAUUUAAUCCCAUUGCUAAUGUAUGUGAUCAUCCCUAUAAUGUAGAUUGUAAAGAUUCUCUACAUCAAACAACUACUGAAGGCUAUGGAGGCAGACAACAGUUUGGGCAGUUUGGAAAACCGGGUUUAUAUGGUCACACUGAAUGUCAAGGUCAACACUGUGCGCCAGGACAACGAGUUUCUGGGCAAAAUCCCCAAGGAGCCUCGUCAACUCAAGGCCAAUAUGGAGGAGGUCAAAGUUAUAAUAGAAAGAGUGACUGCCAAGGCCAACAAUGUUCCUCAGGAGGUACAUGGCAAGGAUAUUCUUAUGGGCAUUCUCAAGGUGAGCCUCAAGGAUCAUACGGUCCAACGGGUUGUCAAGGUUCGCAAUGUACUCCAGGACAAGCAGGGUAUCAAGGGCAAGGCCAAUAUCCGGCACAAAGCUCUCAUGGGCAAACCGGAUGCGAAGGCCAGACUUGUCGUCCAGGGCAAACAGAAUAUCAAGGACAACCAAAGGGACAAGGCCAAUAUGGAGGACAAGGUUCUUUUGGACAAGCAGGGUAUGGAAAAACUGGUUGUGUAGGCCAGCCAUGUCCUGCAGGUGAGACAGGAUAUCAAGUACAAACAAAAGGGCAAGAUCAGUAUAAAGGACAAAGUUCUUAUGGGCAAAUUGGUUGUCAAGACCAAGCAUGUCCUCCAGGGCAAGGAGGGUAUCAAGAACAGCCAAGUGGUCAAAGCCAAUAUGGAAGACAAGGUUCUUUUGGACAAGCAGGGUAUCAAGGACAGACAACAGGACAAAACCAACAUGGAGGACAGACUUCUUAUAGCCAAAGCGGUUGCGUAGGUCAGCAAUGUAGUUCAGGACAAGUAGGCUAUGAAGAACAAGGUUCUUAUGGGCAGAAUAAUCCAGAAUUCACUACGCCCUCAUCACAAAGCCAAGCUGGUAGGUAUCCAGGCACUUCAAAUCGAUGUAGAGGCCAUCAAUGUGGCGAUCAAGGUCAAACAUCAGUUGGCUAUGAAGGUCGAACUUCUUCCACUACAAAGCCUUAUAUUUUUACUACCAGGAGGCAAAAUUAUGGAGUUAAAGGCUUUCCAACUCCAACAGCCUCCUCAGAUACCAGCCACAUAAUGACAAUACCAAACCUUCAUACUCAACAUGUCACCAGCUAUAAGCAAGUUCAACCAAUUAAUAAAUCAGACCGAGCUACUACAAACGGGUUUAACAACCAUAGGUCUCCUGAUUAUGUAGAUAUUUUUGACCCUAGUGAAAACAGGGGAUAUGGUUACGCUACCACAACUCAAAGAACGCCACAGAAACAAAUUUGGCCUCCGCCGUUUCCAGAUUUGAAGCCUACUGAAUCAGAGGUUGAUUAUAUUUUUGAGUACGAAAAUGGCGAACCUGUUACCUUGGCUCCUCAAAAUUACCAGGUGGAGAAGAAGAAGAAGAUUAAGUGCGGUGAAAAUGAUUUUAUGUGUGAUAAGAGGAGCUGUAUUGAAAGAAGUUUUGUAUGUGAUGGAGUAGAGGAUUGUAAGGAUGGAAAAGAUGAACUGUACUGCCAAACAUAUAUAGACCAAUUCAAAGAGUAUAAGAAUCAACGAUUAGACGUACUAGAAAAGGAAAGGUGGAACAAUGUGUCGCUUGCCACUUGUGCUCUACUUUGUAUCAAUAAUCCAAAUUUUGAAUGCCAGUCAUUUAAUUAUAGGCGAAUGGAUAAGGCAUGUUUCCUUACUGAUAGAAACAUUGGGAAAAGCGGAGCCUUAAAGGAGUUCUAUCCAUGCAAUUAUUAUGAAAGAAAGACACUAUCUAUGGACUGCUCGGAUAUGCACAUAUGUCCAAAUGGAAAGUGCCUGACCUCAGAGCAGAUUUGUGAUGGCUACGAUGACUGUGGUGACAGACAAGACGAAAAAGGGUGUAGAGCCGAAGAUUUCGGAUACAGCGUGAAUUUGGCUGCUGGUGUGGCACCUCAUGAAGGUCGAAUAGAAGUAACAGUGUUUGGAAAAACCGGCUACAUCUGCGAUGAUCAAUUCAGCCUUACUAAUGCUGAAGUUCUUUGUAAAGAAUUGGGCUUCAAACUUGGCGCCCUUGAGGUUAAAGGUAAUUCCUAUUUCGCCAAAGAUCUAUUAGAAAAUAAUACACAAUAUAUGAUGGAUGAUAUAACAUGUAUUGGCAAUGAAACUAGCCUUAUGGAAUGCGACUUUGCUGGCUGGGGUAUCCAUAAUUGUGCAGAUAAAGAGAUUGUAGGAGUAGUCUGCAAAACCCCACAAGAAUCCUGUCAAGAAGGAUAUUGGAAAUGUGAUACUGGAAAUGAAUGUGUAAAACUACCGUUUGUGUGUGACGAACUAUUCGACUGUAGUGAUAAUUCUGAUGAAGCUGCUCAUCACUGUAAUUUACCAACAGCUUUAAGACUGGUCAACGGCACCAACAGCUCAAAUGGUCGAUUAGAAAUCAGACAUAAUGGCAUAUGGGGCUCGAUAUGCGACGAUGAUUUUAAUGAAGAUGCGGCAAAAAUUGCUUGUAGGUCUCUAGGAUUUAAUGGAAGAACUUCUGUGAGGAAGGAGGCUUUUUAUGGACAGAGCACUGGUCCAAUAUGGCUUGACCAAGUUUCGUGUAAAGGCAACGAAACUACCUUAGAAAAAUGUACUCAUUGGGAUUGGGGUGAAACUAACUGCGAUCAUAGCGAAGAUGUUGGAAUUGAAUGUUCCGAGUCUUAUAUUGAAGUUGACCCGAAAAGAAAUACUCAAAACUCUGGAGAAUGGAGUGAUUACCAAAGCCAGACGACUCAUUCAAAUUAUUCACCAGAACCUGUUAGUUGCGGAUACCGUAAAGACAAUAUUUUCUUGCAAUCGGACGACGUUCAUUUCAGGGUGGUUCAAGGGUCAGUAGCAAAACCUGGUGACUAUCCUUGGCAGGCUGCCCUAAGAAUAAAAGGCCAAGAAAAAUCUGCCCAUUGGUGCGGUGCCGUAGUUAUUAAUUCUAUAUGGGUUCUAACCGCUGCUCAUUGCCUGGAAGGGUAUCCUAAAGGGGCAUAUGUAGUCGUUGCAGGCGAAUACAACAUAGAUGAAAAUGAAGGUACCGAACAACAAGCCUUUAUCGAAGAAUAUUAUCUGCACGAGAACUUUAGAAAAGGACACAAAAUGGGCAACGAUAUUGCAAUGAUUCGUCUUAAAGGGAAGGGGUUCAAGCUGAAUCAGGAUAUUCAGCCUAUUUGUUUACCAGAUGAAGAUGCUGAUUAUGAGAGGGAUUUAAAUUGUACGAUAUCUGGAUUUGGUACUAUACAAACUGGAAAAAGUGCUUAUUCUCACAAACUAAGAGCGUCCUGGGUCCCGGUUCAACGCAUGGAUAUAUGUAAAAUGGCGCAUAUUUACGGUGAAAACAUUGGAGAAGGCAUGAUCUGCGCGGGUGAUUUAAGCGGGGGAGUGGAUGCGUGCGAUGGUGAUAGUGGUGGACCACUCGCGUGUUUAGAAGAUGGUGUUUUUACUUUGUAUGGAUUAACCUCAUGGGGUCAGCGUUGCGGUUAUGCCAAUAAGCCAGGAGUUUAUGUUAAAGUGUCUUAUUAUAAAAAAUGGAUCGAAAAUAUUAUGAAAAUGCAUUCUUAAAACAAACUUGUUAUCUUACUUACUCUUUUAAUUACUUUUACUUGUUUAGUUUUUCAUAAUUUCUUAAUUAAGUUUCGAGUGUAAUUUAUUAAACACAAUUUAACAAAAUUAUAGAAAUUUUGAAGGUCUGUGAUAUUUAUAGAUAGUCGAGGAUUCUACCAUUGCGCCUGCUAAAAAUAAUGAAAUAAAUAUAUUUUACGUUA